UACUGAGCUUAGAGCGGGAAAAUAUUUCGUAUAAAAAUUUCAAAUCUCUGCCUCUCUCUCUCUCUCUCUCUCACACACAUACUCAUACACACAGAGAAGCAUAAUACUACAUCCCGAUAACUCGCUCGCCCAUCAAAAUCCCCAAUUUUGAUAGCCCUAGGUUUCUUUGCAAUGGUGGCACCGUGCUGAAUAGAACUAAUGGAAGGAUUAGAGAUUAUCUGCAGAAGAUGAACGACGAUUUGGACAGCUCCGAAUCUUCCUCCGGGAGAUUUCUGCAGACAGUACGGCCUCUCCGCGACCUCGAGUCGAAUUGGACCGUCGAUUUGGCGAAGAAUUUGGAGGAAUACUUGCUCAAGGUUUGCUCGGGACAAAUCUCCGGCGAAGAUGCCAAGUUAUCUGUGAAUUUCGCUGAAGCUGCUUUGCUGCUUCAGGGAUCAGUGCAGGUGUACAGUAGGAAAGUAGAGUAUUUGUAUUCAUUGGUUCUCCAUGCGUUGGAUUUCAUUUCAAAGAAAAGUGAAGAAGAUCAAGAAGCAGGUCCAUCUGAUCGCCGAAAUUCAACUGGCGCACAUAGUGCAAAAGAAGAAGGGGAUGAUCCUUUUUGGGGUUUAGAUGAUAUACCCGUUGAUGCAAAGAGCUUGCUGGAUAAUGCAACCUGUAGAGAUGUACCGCCCAGUCAUUUUGUGCGUCCCCCUGCAAACAUAGUCGUGCUUGAAGGUGAAUGCUUGGAUGCUGGUGGUGAUGCUGGUGGGGAGCUGGAGUCGUAUCUGUUAGCCACAUGUGAUCUUUACCGGGAUUUCAUUCUGCUGGACUCUUGUGAUGCCAUAGCUGUUGACAAUUUUCUUGAUUCUAAAGCUGGUAAAGGGCCAAGUAAUGUGUAUGGGAUCAGCUCUGUAACUUCUAAGGGCCGUAAGAGCUUUCAGUCGCCAUCAAGACGAUCUGGGGGAACUGCACAAAAGCUGUCUGCUAAAAAGAAAAAUGAUGCAAAUCCGUUCCAGUCACCUUGUGUUGAUAAAAGAUUUGAAUCGAAUGACUGCAAUAUUGGGCAUACUCCUCCUGCUUGUGAUUUUGCAAACCAUGAUGAUGGAUUUGGAACGGGAGAUGCAUAUUCAGAACCUGGAGACUUCGAUGACUCUGAUGAUGAUAAUGAUCCAUGGAAACCUCUGAAUCCUCAUGAACCAGGGAACUUGAAAGUGAAACCCUACAAAAGAGUGAAAGGUAAAACAAGGUUAAAUGUUGGUUCACAGAAGCAUCCAUCUUUGACUGCGGAAUUCCCUCUUGCAAAACUUGACAGUCUUGUUAGCCCUGAACUAAACGGAAUUUGGGGAGCAAAAUUACAUGCCUCCGAAAAUCUUGGAAGAUCAGAAUCUCUAACCCUAUAUGAGAAGCUGCGGCAAUCACUAGUUAUGGGGGAGAAAAGAACAAAGGAUACCUGUAAUCCUGAAAAUAAUACUGAAGAUAAUGGAUAUGAAGGCAACGGAUACGAGAGUGGAGAUCCAGAUACUGGGCCAUCAUAUUUUGACAUGCCGGAUAAAACAUUCAAUCAUGAAGAUGAACCUCCUCACCAAGAAAAGGAAAAUCCAGAUGCUCAUGCAAAUCUUGAAGACCUGUGCCGUUCUCACUUGGAUUCGCUUCUUGAAACCCUUGCUGAAAACGAGAAGCAGACAGAAUUAGCUACUCGAGUUUCUUCAUGGAAGCAAAGAAUCGAGCAGAAUCUGGAAGAGCAAGAUGCACGCCCACCAUUCGACAUUCACGUAUAUGGUGAAAGAGUUCUUGAUAAGCUAUCCACGGAAGGAUAUGGUGGAAAUGCCUUGUCAUUUGGUGAUGUAGUCAAAGGCCAAAAGAAGCAUGAUGUUGCUAGAACCUUUUCAGCUCUUCUGCAACUGGUGAACAACGGCGACGUUGAUCUGGUGAGAGGCAGCCAAGCUAGCGCGUCGACUUGCCACUCAGAUGAAAAUUCAUUCCAUCUCCGACUGCUCAAGAAUGAGAGGAAGAAAGGAAUCCUCCUUCAGUCAUGUAAAAAGAGAGCCAAAUCUCCUCUAGUCAAGAACAAGGCCAAAAUCAAGAACAAGGGGAAGGAAAACUGCGUCGUGUCAGAUUCAUCACCUCAGGCUCAGGCUUAUUCCUCAAGCUACAGAUUCUCCAUAAGCAUAGGAAAAUCUAACAGUGCCCGAUGCACCCCUGAAGGCAAGAAGAGACGGAAAUCACGUGUAGUUGCACCGUUGGACAUUAACUUUGUGGGAUGAUGAUUCUACCUGGUAGACAGAUGCAGCUGUGCAUCCUCUACCCCGGCAGGCAGACGACAUGUUUAUACACUUUCAGGAAGUGGAGGUGGAAGAGAGAUGAAGAUAUUGCAUAGCAAUUUUAGGAUAUUGACUUAACCAAGUGAAAGCUAAUUUGUAUGUAACAUUUGUCUUUGUAUUGUCAUAACUGCAGAAUUAGUACAUUGUAUCAUUUCACUCCUAGUGUACGCGCUUCCUUUGCAUUGUGAUGAAGCAAAACAUUUGAUUCUCCGAAAUAUUUUGAGAUUUCAAGAA